CAACGGAGCGCGCGCUCCCGCGACUCGGCCAGACCGGUGACUGGUCGGUUCCUCUUCUCAGACCGGUGACUGGUUCCCCACUCAGACCAGUCAGCUCCGUUCAUCCGCAGCAGCACCAUGGCAAAAACAACAAGUACACGCACCCUCCCGGUUUCCUACAGUCUGUGAACUCGGGUCCGGGCCGUGCGUGAUUCCCACUGACGGCCGACGGGGAGAAGCACCGACCGACCGACCGACGGACCCACCCGGCGUUUACUGAACCGCACGUUUCUUCUUCUUCUUCUUCUUCUUUUUACACGGGGGUUACAAACUGUGGGUUGCAUCGCACCCCCCCCCCCUCACCCGCUUUCCCUCUGUGGCAGAAAAAGGACAACGAAGGACGAAUGAAAAUACCGUGUUUUCGGAUGCCGAAGUUAGCUCAUCAGUUGGACGUCUGAUUUUUUUUAUUUUUUGGGAACAUUUUCGUGCAUCGCUUUGCAGACGUUUCCCUUGCUGCCGACAUGGACUCGGUGGAGAGGGAGUGCGGAGCCCUGGGUGGAUUAUUCCAGGCCAUCGUCAACGACAUGAAGAGUUCCUACCCGGUAUGGGAGGACUUCACUGCCAAGGCAACAAAGCUGCACUCCCAACUCAGGACCACAAUUCUGGCAGCGGUGGCCUUUUUAGAUGCCUUUCAGAAGGUGGCGGACAUGGCUACCAACUCCAGAGGCGCCACCCGGGAUAUCGGCUCAGCGUUGACGAGGAUGUGCAUGCGACACCGCAGUAUUGAGACAAAAUUACGCCACUUCACCAAUGCUCUUAUGGAGGGCCUUGUCACACCGCUGCAGGACAGAAUAGAGGAAUGGAAGAAGACGGCUAACCAGUUGGACAAAGACCAUGCCAAAGAAUACAAGAGAUCCCGCCAAGAGAUCAAAAGGAAGUCAUCGGAUACCAUGAAACUCCAAAAAAAGGCCAGAAAAGGGAGGGGUAACCUGCGCCCCCAGCUGGACAGUGCCAUGCAGGACGUCAGCGAUUUGUACCUGCUUAUGGAGGAGACAGAGAGGCAGGCGGUGCGCAGAGCCCUCCUAGAAGAGAGGGGGCGCUACUGCACAUUCAUCAACCUACUCCAGCCAGUUGUGAAUGGAGAAAUUGCCAUGCUUGGAGAGAUAACACACUUGCAGGCCAUUGUUGAUGACCUCACGGUGCUCACUGAAGACCCCCACAAACUGCCACCAGCUAGUGAGCAGGUGAUCCGAGACCUGAAGGGCUCGGACUACAGUUGGUCCUACCAGACCCCUCCCUCAUCCCCCAGCAGCACUGGCUCCAGGAAAAGUAGCAUGUGCAGUCUUCUCCAGAUGCCAUCAGCCGGCGCCCACCGUCUCAGCAGCGUCUCCUCUCAUGACUCGGGCUUCGUCUCUCAAGACGCCAACGCUCACUCCAAACCCCCCUCGCCAAUGCCCUCUGACAUCACCAGCCAGAAAUCAACAAGCUCGGCCUCCUCUGAGGCUUCAGAAACCUGCCAGUCUGUCAGCGAGUGCAACUCUCCCACAGCGUUUGGCUCAUGCUCAUCCUUCGGUACAUUCCGCCCUGCUUUCUCUCACACUGGCAACAUCAGGCCUCUCUCUGUCAUACUUCCUGCGUCCCCCACAUUUAACCACUCCCCCGGAUCCAACACCCCCUCACCCACAUCAAAGGUUCCUAGCUGGAAGGAUUGGGCCAAAUCGAGUUCGUAUGAGCCGUCUUUGGCUACCACGCUCCAGCGUAGGCGGGAAUCUCUGGAUAGGAUGAGAGAGCAGGAAACUCCAACUAGUCCACAGGGAUAUUCAGGGAUGCAUUCAGAUGAUCCCCACCGGUCUAGGAUUAUGCAGGGAGCUAUUGCCGCAAAGCAUGGUGAGCCCAUCUCCCCGGCAGCUAGCACCCUAGCUAUGGUUCUGACCCGGGGGCUGAGUAUUGAACAGCAAAAGAGCAGCAGAGACUCCCUGCAGUACUCCAGUGGAUACAGCACCCAGACCAACACGCCGUCUUGCUCCGAGGACACCAUCCCCUCACAAGGUUCGGACUAUGAAUGCUACUCUCUGAACGGGGAUGCUGACAGCGAAGGGCAGGCAGACUUCGACAAGUCCUCCACUAUACCGCGCCACAGCAACAUCGCUCAGAACUACCGUCGUAUGAUCCAAACCAAGAGGCCUGCCAGCACCGCAGGCCUGCCAGCGGGUAAGAGCUCGCAGGGGGCCACAAAUGGCGCCACAGGGGCCGGCUCAGGAGCCGUCACCUCUGGGACAGCCACGAUCCGCCGGACCCCAUCCUCCAAAACUGGGGUGAGACGCACCCCAUCCACAUCGGGCCCCAUCCCCAUCCGACCCCCUAUUGUCCCAGUUAAGACCCCCACAGUCCCAGACUCCCCCGGCUAUCCUAGCCCGACCCAGCAGCGCGCUGGCAGUGAGGAGUUUCUUUACGGUGAUGAAGUCGCCGCCACUGAGUACAUGCGAGCCUCUCCCAAGCGGCUUAGCUUGCCCGACACAACCUGGGGCUCUGGAGUUGGGCAGGACAGGACGGUUUAUGCCCAGCAGCACCCUGGGAUGGUUGCCCACAGCGUUGAGGAAGAUCCCCUGCUUGCUGCCAACCGCCACAGCCUGGUGGAGAAGAUAGGAGAGUUGGCGGCCAGCGCACACGCCCUGGGUGAGAGUCAGUUUCCUUUCCCCAGUCUGAUACCCGGAGACCCGGCUCAGUCUAACCCCUCUGGGCCCAAGGAUCGGUCCUCCUCGCUGCAGGAGGACGUGGAUGUCCUGGUGUCUAUACGGCGUGGGGUGAGGCUCCGUAAGGCAGUUACAGACGACAGGUCGGCCCCCAGGAUCCUGCGGUAGCUGGUUUGGAGAAGAAGGCUGUGGUGCAGCGGGGGAUGGUGUCCUUACUAACAAGCUGAGGCUACGUAGUGAAAUGUCACAACACUCAUGUAAUACAUGAGCAGACUCGACUGACGGAGAGGACUAAAUACGGACAGAGGCCAAUAGAUAGAAGAAAUGUAUAGAAGGGAAAAUUAAUGGCCGCGGAUAAUGUCAAGCCAUGUCGUUUCAUGUCAUGUAUGUAUUGCGUACGUACAAAAGUAACCCAUAAUAUUUUGGUUGUAUUAUUCCUUUUUUUUUUUUUUUUUUUAAUCUGUGGGCUUUGUGGCUGUGCUUCUCUCUGUUCCCUCGGUCUCCAGUCAAUUUGCCCCAGGUUGUCCCUUUAGCCACAAUGAUCAAAAGGUCACUAUUGUAGGGAGUGAAUGCUUUGUCUUUAUUCUUCCUGUUAUUAUUAUUAUUAUUAAUGACCAUUUCUUAAUUAACACAUUCACCUGUCAGUGGUGGGCUGAAACUGCUCUGUGAGCCUGUCUGUAUGUUGUGUUUCAUCUUCAUUACUGUACCUCUGUCGUGUUACUGUUUUGUUUUAUAACCUGAACACCAACUGUGUAGGUGAUGUAAAUUAGGAGCAAUAUGGCCGUGUUUUUAUUGCUGUACUGUAAUGUCAAUAUAUUCGGCAAUUAAAAUGGCUUUUUAUUGU